ACUCCAAUAGACUUUACACCCAUUGCUUUAUUAUUCAGAAAGAACAGGAUCCUGUCUGGUAAUAGCACAUUAACAAAGGUGUGUGUGACGAGUGUCGAAAUGAGCGACACUUCAGAAGACAACAAUGAGAUCUCCUUUCGAGUGAAGUUUCUUGGGCGGGUUGAGGUAGUUCGCCCCGAUGGAGUACAGAUCCUGGAGGAAGCAGCUCUUAGUCUCCAGACGCCUGAUCCAUACUCCACAGAAAAGGCAGCCAAGAAGAGCAAAGUCCACCUCUUCCUGUCCCUAAGUGAGAUAGACAUAUUGGAAAACAAAACCAAGUUCCUGUUGUACCCGUGUCCUCUCUCCACCGUUUCCUUCUGUGCCCUCCUGCCGUCCUCACACAAAGUCUUCGGCUUUGUGGCCAGACACCCUGCAGCCGACACGUACCACUGUUAUCUGUUCCAGAGCAAGAAGUUUAGUCAUGUGCUGGUCUCAUUGAUUGGAGAUGCGUUCCGAGCAUCUAAGAAAGAGGAGAGCGUCAAGGGAGGACGAGAUCUGAUAGUGGAGGCGCUCAGACAUAAGAAUAAAGUUCUGCAGAGAGAGAACACUGAGCUGAAGAAGAAGCUCGCAGGACAAAAUGACUUGUUUGUUUGAAUGCAAUGAAAAAAAGCAUUCAAGCAAUUGCUCUAACAAAGAAAAAGGAAAUAUGGGUUAAAAUCUGUGGAAUAAAGACGUUGUUUUUUGCUGGUGGAAAAAAUUGCAUAAAUGAUAAUAAAUAAUAAUGAUUUCUGUAAUAAAUAAUGUGAUACAUUUCUGA